AUGUCCGUAGCUCUCCUGUGGCUGGGCUUCACCCUCCUGGGGGCCCUGCACACCCAGGCCCAGAGUUCCACCCCCAGACUGCUGCGGGCCCCAGCUCUGUCCAAGAUCCCGCUGCAGCCCAACUUCCAGGCUGACCAGUUCCAGGGGAAGUGGUACGUCAUAGGCGUGGCAGGGAAUGCAAUUAAGAAGGAAGAGCAAGACCAGUUUAAGAUGUACACCUCAAACUACGAGCUGAAGGAAGACGGCAGCUACAACGUCACCUCCACCCUAUUAAGGGACGAGGGCUGUGACUACCGGAUCAGAACUUUUGUCCCGAGCUCCCGGCCUGGCCAGUUCACCCUUGGCAAUAUUAAGAGCUACCCCGGGGUAAGGAGCUACACCGUGCGGGUGGUGAACACCGACUACAACCAGUUUGCCAUAGUGUUCUUCAAGAAGGUUCAAAAGAAACAGGGGUACUUCAAGACCACCCUUUAUGGGAGGACCAAGGAGCUGACCCCUGAAGUGAAGGAGAACUUCAUCAACUUCGCCAAGUCCCUGCGCCUCACCGAUGACCACAUCGUCUUCACCAUCCCGAUUGACCGGUGCAUCGAUGACCAGUGA